AUGGCACGUCCAGCACCCAAAGACAGCCUCGAGGCCUACAAACACCUCUCGCCCGACUCCGGGUUCCCAACCAUCAUCCACCCACACUUCAACCCUAAGAUCGCUUCUCACGUCCCUCCAGACCCUAUCAGAGAAGAAAUCACACCACCGAAAGACCGAGCAUUCUUCGCCGAUCCCGCAAAAGCCUCUCUAUUCUCCGUCGCUAAACCCGUCGACUUGUCAGAAAGCAUUGGGACGCUCCUCGAAGGCAUGCAAUUGUCGCAACUUGAUGGGAAGCAGUUGGAUGAGUUGGCUGCUCUGGUGGAUGAGCGUGGUGUUGUGUUCUUUAGGGAUCAGGAUUUGGAUACUGAGGGGCAGGUGAAGCUUUUUGAGCAUUUUGGGACUUUAGAUAAACAUCCUGCGCAGAAGGAUCAGAAACAUGUAACCAUCAACGGAAGUAUUGUUGAUUGGAGGAAUGUUUCUAAUUACACGCUUUGGCUAAAUGCGGAGUUUCAUGCUGAUACUUCGUUUGAGAUCAAUCCUCCAAGCUACUCGCUUUUGAGGAUGGAAGAGCAUCCACCUGUUGGUGGGGAUACAGCUUGGGUGUCUCAAUAUGGCUUGUACGAUGCACUGAGUGACCACUUGAAGAAGUUUGUUGGAGGUCUUCAUGCUGUUCAUACUUCUCGACUGCAAUAUGACACAAUCAUCGAUUCGUGGGGAGGGGAGCCAAACAGACCUCCAAUCGAUACGCAUCAUCCGGCGGUGCGUACACAUCCAGUAACCGGCCUCAAAGCAUUGAACGUCAAUCCAGGGUUUGUGACCGGCUUUGCGGAGUUGAAGAAGGAAGAAUCAGACCAACUACUUCAAUUCUUCAAGUUGCAUAUCCAUUCCGCAGAUGAUCAUUACGUAAGGUGGAAAUGGGCUGUAGGAUCUGUUGCUAUGUGGGACAAUCGUGUCACGAUCCAUCGUGUAAUCCCAGGGAAUUACCCUGCCAGCUCGAGGACUGGUAUUAGAACAACCGUGUUCGGAGAGAAACCUUAUUUUGAUCGGCAAAGCGAGAGUCGAGAGCAAAGGAUCAGCCGCCUUGCGGCGGAGAAGGCGAAGAAAUCAAACGAGAAUGGAGUCGAGCAUACAAGCGAGCUUUCGAUUCAUGCCUCGAAUGGUGUAAAUCUUGGAGCAAGCUAAGAGGGAUGACUGUUCGUACGUAGGGCCGGUAGAUAAAUUUCAUGACAAGUCAGAGGUCAUCUCAGCAGCAACCACUAAUGGUUCCGAUCUCAUGUACUUCAGAAUGACUUCUUCAUAGGAAAACAGAAAGAAAGAGUUGCUGAAAUCAUCA